AUGACAGAAACCGUUGUGGCCCUUGUCAUCAAUCAGCUGGUUCAAUUCAUCGUCCACGAAUCAAAACUGCUAAAGGGUGUCCAUCGGGAAGUUGUGGACAUUAGAGAUGAACUGGAAAGCAUCCAAUGUUUACUCAAAGAUGCAAAUAAAGGAGACCUCCAAGAUGACGUCAAAAUGUGGGUGAAACAAGUGAGAGAGGUAGCCUAUCAUAUAGAAGAUGUAAUAGAUGAAUACGUUCUUCACGUGGCACAACGUCAUCGUCAUCAGCAAAGUUUUAUUGCUUUCCUCCAUAUAAUUGGCCGUAUAUUGAAGAAACUAAAACCACAACACGACAUAGCUACCAAGAUUCAAGAUAUCAAAUUGUCAGUUCGUGAAAUCAAGGAACGAAGUGAAAGAUAUGGUUUUAGUUCCUCAGAGCAAGGAUCAAGUAGCAGUGCAACAAAUGUUAUAGGGCAUGACCCUCGAGUGGGCUCACUUUUCAUUGAGGAAGAUGAAGUUGUGGGCAUUGAGUCUACAAGGGAUGAACUCAUAAGCUGGUUGGUGGGGGGAGAAUUUAAACGCUCUGUGAUUUCAGUGGUAGGCAUGGGCGGAAUUGGUAAGACAAUUCUUGUUAGGAAAGUAUACGAGACUGAAUCAGUGAAAAGACAUUUUGACUGCCAUGUUUGGAUCACAGUGUCUCAGUCAUACAAUAUCCAAAAGAUACUCAUGUCCAUUGCAAAUCAAAUCUACCACGAAGAAAUAAUAGCUCUAAGGCAAAUAGACAUGACAGACGAGAUCACACUAAUUAGCCAGCUGAAGAAAUGUUUACAACAAAAGAGGUAUGUUGUUGUUUUUGAUGAUGUAUGGAAGACAGAGUUCUGGGAAAUUGUGAAACAUUCUUUGCCAUGCAGCGACAAAGGCAGUAGGAUUAUCAUCACAACACGCAGUGAUCUCAUCGGUGUUUCAUGUAAAGAAUCUUUAACUGAUAUGGUACACAAGGUACAACCUCUGUCUCAAGAAAAGGCUUGGGAAUUGUUUUGCAGAAAGGCAUUCCAAACCGAGUUUCAGAGAUGUUGUCCCAAUGAGUUGAUGAGACUGUCGAUAGAAAUUGUCAAAAAAUGUGAAGGCUUGCCACUUGCAAUUGUUGCCAUAGGUGGUCUUCUGUCAACUAAGGAGAAGGUGCCAUUAGAAUGGAAAAAGUUGCUUGAUAGCCUCAGUUAUGAGCUAGAAUGCAAUCCCCACCUUACAAGUGUCACAACAAUUCUCUCUCUUAGUUGUUAUGAUCUUCCAUGCUACCUAAAGUCUUGCUACUUGUACUUUGGUAUUUUUCCAGAGGACUACUCAAUCAAUGGUGCAAGAUUAGUUUGGCUAUGGGUUGCUGAGGGAUUCAUUACAAGAAAGAAGGGAAAACCAUUGGAAGAUGUAGCGGAAGAAUUUUUAAUGGUGUAA